AAAAAAUUAUGAGAUGUUAAUAAUUAUCCAGUCAUUUAAUCAUGGCACUAGGCAGCUGACUAUAAUUUCUUCUGAAUUGCCAAUCGGGUAGUUAGUAAUAAAUUAAAGAGGAGCCAUCAGUAAAUCCCAGACUCCAAAAUGACUCAAGAUAUGACAUCCAGCAAUUGCAUCUUGGAUUUCAUGCAAAGAUUUCGAGGUUCCAGGAGGUUAGUUCUUCUCAUCGUCGCAAUAGCUUUACUGCUAGAUAAUAUGCUGCUCAGCUCAGUGGUUCCCAUCAUUCCCUCUUAUCUUUACGAACUUCAUCACGAAGAAGACUUGAAAUUACGCAAUGCCACAGACGCUUCCACAUCUAACAGCGUCACAGAGAAAUUUGUCCUGCCACAAAGUGACAUUCCUACUGAAAAUGUGACCGACGAAGAAUUAUUGUCCACGACACCAGGCCUUCAAGAGCUUUGUGACCGGCUUCGAGAAAAAGAAGCUAAAGAGGACAAGGAGUCGUCUCCUGGAAAAAAGAAAAAACAAAGAAUCAGAGGUCGGAAAAUUUCCUCAAGCAGUACUACAGAAGAUAUUAAGACAACCACUGAAAUUCCAACGACUUUGUCUCCAGAAAUGAAAGAAUUGCGUCAUCACGAGUUGGUAAAUGAAAAUGUUGAAGUUGGAAUCAUGUUCGCAUCGAAGCCUAUAGUUCAAGCUAUUACAAAUCCUUUUAUAGGACCAUUAACGAAUAGGAUUGGAUAUAGUAUUCCAAUGUUCAGUGGUUUCGUUAUCAUGUUUCUCUCCACUUUAAUUUUUGCUAUGGGCACAAACUACGCCCUACUUUUCAUUGCUCGAUCUCUUCAAGGAGUUGGUUCGGCAUGUACAAGUGUUGCAGGUAUGGGCAUGUUAGCAGCCUUUUAUCCAGACGACAGGGAAAGAGGGAACGCCAUGGCAUUGGCCCUAGGAGGUUUAGCUCUCGGUGUCAUGAUAGGGCCUCCAUUCGGAGGAGUUAUGUAUGAAUUUGUUGGUCGGGCUGCACCUUUCCUUGUGUUAGCUUUCCUGUCGCUUUUUGAUGGACUGUUGCAGUUAUUGGUUCUUCAACCCAAAGUCACUAAAGAAGAACAAGAAGGAGCUUCUCUUUUCACGCUUAUUCGAGAUCCUUAUAUAUUAAUUGCAGCUGGAGCUAUAACUUUUGCCAACAUGGGAAUUGCAACUUUGGAGCCAUCUCUGCCAUUAUGGAUGAUGGACACUAUGAAUGCUCCGAAGUGGCAACAGGGUGCAGCUUUCCUUCCAGCCAGCAUAUCUUACCUGAUAGGAACGAAUCUUUUCGGUCCCUUGGGGCAUAGAAUGGGAAGGUGGCUGUCUACCAUGGUUGGACUAAUAGUUAUAGGUAUAUGCCUCAUACUGAUUCCCAUGGCUAGAAAUAUUACUCAUCUCAUCGUUCCAAAUGCUGGAAUAGGUUUUGCUAUAGGUAUGGUGGACUCGUCCAUGAUGCCUAUGUUAGGAUAUUUAGUGGACAUCCGUCAUACAUCCAUAUACGGCAGUGUGUAUGCGAUUGGAGAUGUUGCCUUUUGUGUUGGCUUUGCUGUAGGACCCAUUUUGAGCGGAAGUAUAGUGAAAGCAAUUGGCUUUACAGGAUUAGUGUACUGCAUCGCUGUAAUUUGUUUCGUGUACGCUCCACUAAUGUUCCUCCUGCGAAAGCCUCCAGGGCGAGCAGAAGACCAGAUACAUCUUAAAGAUACGUCUAUUCGCUAUGUCAGUUAUACGAAUGAUGAAUCACCUGAAGAGGAGGACUUCAGAAAACCACCACCACAGCAACAGGCUUGGGUCAAGUGAUAAUUUGGAUAUUAUUUCAUCAAAUCCCUUGAUCAACGCCUGCUCCUCAAUCCCCAGUUCCAAUCUGAAAAUAUAUUGUCUAAGUACUCUUUGCAUUCCUCAUGAGGGUAUUCAUAAAGUUUCAAAAUAAUGUCAUCACCUCGUCAAAAUCGCCAAGGAAACCGAAUGGUGCAAAGACAUGGUUAUUUUCCCACUUUGCUUCUGGUGAUCAGUGGUCAUCAUCAAUAAUCUGUUACUGAAGACGAUAAUUAUGCAUGUGCAAUUUUGGCGUCGUAUCAUGAUGCCUGUUGGCGAGGAAGGUGAGAAUGUUGAUUGUGCUUCUCUUCGUCGCUAUGAUAAUUCCCAAAGGCUUGUUGCAUUGUGUGCUAAGCGUUAUAUUUGAAGUUGUAUUUUAAAAUUUUGCUAAAAUAAAACAUUCAGUUUGCAGAUCUUUAUAAAAUCACAAAAUAUGUUGAUUUUUAAUGUUUCCUAAGUAUGAAAUUAGAUCUGAUUGUAAAAAAAGAAUUAAACGGAUUAAUUAUAACCUUAAAGAUGAUUCCUUUGAUCUUUGUUAGAUCUUUAAUUUUAUUACAUCUUAAAUUUUUUACUUAUUUUGCAUUCUGAAAUAAUGUUGUAAUGUGUGGUAAAGGUUUAAUGAUAUAAGAUGAAAAUCUCACUAAAUAAAUGAUAUUUUAUUUUAAAUGCAUAGAAAAAUUUAGAUUAUAUUUAUUAUUUUCCUAUCUACAAAAGUUUGUUUUUAUUACCAUUGUUCCAAAAAUGCUCUCCUUUGAGUAUGAAAGUAUUAAUGAAGAAAUAAAUAGCCGUUUCCUUGUAAAUCUAAACCAUUAAAAUUUUGAUUUAAAGAACUGAAUGUCACUAAUUUUUAAAUGCAUUAUUUGUAUCAUAAACAGUUAACAAAAAUCUUGCUUGGGAAUGUUCUAAAUUACUUCUCAGUGUGACUGGAAGAAAUUCAUAUUAAAUAAAUUCAAUUAGUAAAUCGUAGACAUUCAAAAAAUGUGUUUUAAAAAUUAUAGCCAUAUAAGACGAAAGGCGAAAUAAGUUAAUUUCAUUAACUCCCAGAAAGUGUGUUAUUAAUGAAUUUUUCCUUAUAUCUUCAAUUUAAAUUAAUUUAUCUUUUGCAAAAGUAAUUAAAUAAAGCAGGAGUACAUUUUAAUUUUUGUCCUUUAGCUGUUAUGAAAUCUUUAUAUAUUUCAAAAUAACAAAUAUCAUUCUUUUCGUUGUUUAAAAUGAUUCUUGUUUCCUAAGAUUUAGUAAGUUUUCAAACUCAGAAUUCGACAAGAUGAAAAUUUUCAAGUUUCGAAUUCCUAAAAAUUGAUUAUUUUUGUAUAUCCUAGAAAUAAAAAAUAAAAUUGCAUUUUUAUACUUAAAAUAGUGCGAAAGUGGAUGUUUAUAACCAAGAAUGGGGUUUCUGAGAAAAAAAUUUAUAAAAUAAAAAAUAAUGAAAAUAAAGUAAUAAAAAAUUUAUAAAAAUAAAAUAAAGUAAUGAAAAGUUUUUAAAAAUAAAGCAAUGAAAAAUUUUAAUAAAAAUGUUUGAGCAGAAUUUCUGAUAAAUAAAACAGAAAUUUUAAAGCAAUUAAAAAACCGAAGAUGGACGAAAUUUUCCCUCCAAAAAAGUUAAAUAUUUUUAUGAAUGCAGUUUUUACUGUUACAGUUCAGAAUUUUUUAUUGUAUCAAUACUUGUUAUUUUAAAAAGAAUAAAAUAAAAUAUAUAUAUUGUUAUUGGUUUAGAAUGAAUUAAAAUUUCUGAAAUUGUUAUGCUGAAAAAUUAGAAAUUAGAGAAAUUUGGAAGAUGAUAAAUAUAACUGUGAUUCUAUUUUAAUUGGUAAAUAUUCUAUAUCGGCAUUAUUUACAUAAUUUAUUGCAUUCGUUAUGCAUAUUAACAUGAUACUGAGCGAUAUACAUUUCAGAAAGUCGCAAAUUAAAGAAUGAUAUAUUUUUGAAAAAUGUAGAACUUAAUAUUCAAUUUUGUAAAAUAUUUUACUACUUAUAGAUAAAUGCCAUCAUAUUUUAAAUAAACAUACUUUGCCCAACCGAAAUUUCUAGUUUUAGAAAUUUUGUCAUUUGAAGUAUAUUCUGAUAUAUUCAUUUUGAGCAUUUCUUUCCUAUUCAUUUUCCUUAAAAGCAGUUAUAAAAUUUAUCAUAUUAUUCAGCAUUGUCUACUCAGUGUGAUAUCAUUUAUUAAAUAAAAUAGCACUGUAAUCUAUCAGUUUAUGCUUUUUAACGUAUUUACUUAAAAUAGUAUUUCACAUCAGUUUGUUCUGAAUUUAUCUACAAUAGACAUAUUUUUUAGUUUUUCUAGCUAAUUUUUAAAUAUAUCUACAUUAUGAAUUCUUUUAUGUAGCAAAUCAACAGCAGAAGUAUUUAAAAUUCCUUUUGUUGUGUAUUAAUAUUAAAAAUGUGCAGUUCUUUUUAUAUUAAAUCUAUUUACACUUUUAUAUUAAAUCGAUUUAUAUUAAAAAUAUUUCAAAAUGAAUAUGCUUAUUCAUAGAAUAGGGCAUAAAAAAUUAUUUAUUGUUGAAUGAGAUUCAUUCAUUUUGAGCUACAUAAUAUAUGUAAUUUUAUAAUGCAAAACUGCACAAAAUCUACAAGUGUAAGGAAGAUGGAAUAGAAUAUAGUUUUAAAAUAUCGGGACCCAGUGAAACUAAAGUAUCCAAAUAUUAAAAUUUUAGGGUAAUUGCUUCUCUUUCCAUCUCAUUCAUGUACAUAUUGAAUAUAAUAUAAGUGGGGUGGGACUUUAUUUCUUGCCUAUCACAUUUUAUUUGAAUAAUAAUCGCGCAGUUAAGAAAAAUUAAAUACAUUUAUUUCAGUAAAAUAAAUACAAAAUACAUUUUUCGGCAAAUUUAAACAAGGAAAUUAUUUUUUAUUUGCUUAAACUUAGCACCACAUAUUGUUUCAAAGACAAUUAAACUAUUCUCAUUUAUGUAGGCUUUAAAAUUAAAUCUAAAUAUAUCUAUAUAUACACAUAUUAAGUCUGCUAAAAUUAAACAAAUAAUUUUUUUAAAAUUUCUUAAACACGCAACCAGUUAUGAUUUGAACUGAAUAAGACAAUUCAUUUUUUUAAUUUACAUUGUAACUUCUAUGAUGUUAAAGUAACUAGAAACUGUUUGUUUUCAAAUCUAAUUGCUGCCUUUAAGAAGUGAGGCCUGAUGUUUAGCAAAUUAUCGCCUCUAUUACUUAAGUCACAAGCCUCGAAACAGCAAUUUGCUGAUAAAAUAACUUGCUGGUAAACUCAGAGCAAUUAAUAUUUCAACGAAAUAAGACAAUUUUUAUUCUGUCAAGCCUGAAACGAAACACAUAAUCAUUUUUCAUUUCAAAUUUUACUACACUUAUGUUAAACGAAGCAAUUUAUUAUUUCAUUAUAACCACCACCUACUAUUUUAACAAAAUAAGACAAUGAAAUUAUUUUUUAUUUAUGUAAAUUAAACACACAAAAAAAUAUUUUAAUAUAAAAUUUUAUUUAAUAUUAAUUUUAUUUUGUUAUAAAUUAAACUUAAUAUUAUAUGUUAUAAAUUAAAAUUAAUUUUUAAACUUUUUUACAUUAAAAUUAAACAACAAAUUCUUUUUUACUUGAACUCACAACCAGAUGUUGUUUAGAUCAAAUAAAACAACGAAAUUCAUUUUAUUUACGCAGGCCUUAAAUUUAAACAAUCUUUCUUAAUUUCAAUAUACCAAAAUUUUAAAAAGAAUUUUUUUUAUUUAAAUUCUUAAAUGACUUAAAUUAAAAAUUUUGAAAUCGUGCGAUUAUAAACUAAUAGCAGCAAAAAUAAAAUUUUAAAAAUAAGUUGUGUUCUGAUUAAUUAUAAACAUAAAUGCUAUUCUGUAGUUUAAAAGCUCAAUAAAGAAUUCCAGUUAUGCUACAGUAAAAUCCUUUUAUUUCCUCAUUUCGUAAGGGCUUGUUUGGAACAACCCUACAAAAAAAUUCAAGUGAGAAUUUUAUAAGUGUGAAUAUUUUUGGAACUAUUAAUGUGAAAUUUAUUUAAUUUAGUCGUAAUUAAUGCAUUAAAUUAUUAAUAACAAAUCUUUUAAAUAUGGGAAAUUUUAAAUUCUCUUUUUCAUGUAUUAUGCUUGUUAAUGAAAAUUUGGGUACAAAAACAUUGUAUCAAAUUUAUUAAGCUUCAUCGAAUAUUUAUAUUUUAUAGCCUUUACUCGCUGUUUAUUAAUUGCUUAAACUAGUGUCUGUUGUAUGUGCUUAACUUCAUCAAUGGUAUAAAAGAUGAAACUUUAUUUAUUUUCAGAUUGUUAAAGUUGUAUAUAAUAAAUUAAAAUGGGAAACUAUUGAA